AUGGAAGGCCCCAGUCAGGUGUAUCUCUUCGGAGACCAGACUGCGGAUUUCGACUCGGGUCUUCGCCGUCUGUUGCAUGCAAAAAACGACUCGCUUGUUGGAGCAUUUUUCCAAAAGACAUACUAUGCGUUGCGCAAGGAAAUUACUUCACUUCCACCAUCGGAGCGUCAGGUGUUCCCUAGAUUUACUAGCAUUGUUGAUCUUCUCGCGAGGUUCAAAGAGUCCGGACCGAAUCCUGCUUUGGAGAGCGCAUUGACGACAAUUUACCAAUUGGGAUGUUUCAUCCACUACUACGGCGAUUUGGGCCAUGCCUACCCGUCGGGAGAUAAGAGCUGCAUCAUUGGUCUUUGCACCGGUCAACUCGCGUCUGCGGCCGUGAGCUCCUCGAAAACUGUCGGAGAGCUUAUCCCGGCUGCCAUUGAAACUGUGGUUGUUGCCUUGAGGCUCGGCAUGUGUGUUUUGAAAGUACAAGAGCUCAUAGAAUCAAGCAAAUCGGCAACAUCAAGCUGGUCUGUACUUAUUCAUGGCAUGCGCGAACCUGAGGCUCAGGAUUUGAUUCAGCAGUACGCGAAGAAAAAUGCUUUGCCCCGCGUUUCCCAGCCCUAUAUUAGCGCAGUCAGUCCCAAUGGAUUGACAGUUAGCGGUCCCCCGACCUUCCUAGGGCGUUUCAUUGAGGAUAGUCUCUCGAAAGAGCACAAGCCUACAAGAGUACCAAUCCACGGCCCUUAUCAUGCCUCGCACCUGUAUGAUGACAGGGAUAUUAACCGAAUCAUGGAAUCUUGGCCUAUUGAACAGUUGAUGAACUACGUGCCUCAGAUCCCUGUACUGUCAAGUGAAACAGGCAAGGAAUUCCAGGCUGAAAGCCUUGAGGAGCUCUUGAGGUUCUCUCUUCAAGAGAUUCUGCAACGACAGCUCUGCUGGGACAAAGUCAUCGAAUCUUGCCAGUCGACCUUGCAAUUCGCCAAAACAUGCACUCUGUUCCCUAUUUCCAGCAACGCAGCACAGAGUCUAUUCAACGCAUUGAAAAAGACUGGAAUCUCCAACGUCGAGGUGGAUAGCACAAUUGGCGAUGUUCAAAAGGACUCCGCGGGAGAUAACCGCACCGGCCGUGCCGAGCAGUCCAAGAUUGCAAUAAUUGGUCUUUCCGGAAGAUUCCCGGAGGCGCCUGACACCGAAGCAUUCUGGGAUCUUUUGAAAAAAGGAUUGGACGUCCACCGCGAAGUCCCCCCAGAGCGAUGGGAUGUCAAGGCUCACGUCGACGCGGAAGGAAAGAGAAGAAAUACCAGCCAAGUUGAAUAUGGAUGCUGGUAUAACGACGCCGGAAUGUUUGAUCCUCGGUUCUUUAAUAUGUCUCCCCGCGAAGCCCUUCAAGCAGACCCUGCUCAGCGUCUGGCACUUCUUACUGCUUACGAGGCUUUGGAGAUGGCAGGCUUUAUCCCUGAUAGCACUCCCUCCACGCAGAAAAAUCGCGUGGGUGUCUUCUAUGGAAUGACCAGUGAUGACUACCGUGAGGUCAAUAGUGGGCAGGAUAUUGAUACCUACUUCAUCCCUGGUGGUAACCGUGCUUUCACUCCCGGUCGCAUCAAUUACUAUUUCAAGUUCAGCGGUCCAAGUGUCAGCGUGGAUACAGCUUGCUCGUCAAGUCUUGCGGCAAUUCAUGUCGCCUGUAAUUCCUUGUGGAGGAAUGAAAGCGAUUCUGCCGUGGCUGGCGGCGUCAAUAUCCUGACAAAUCCUGACAACCAUGCUGGUCUUGAUCGUGGACAUUUCCUGUCAAGGACUGGAAACUGCACCACAUUUGAUGAUGGUGCUGAUGGUUAUUGUAGAGCAGAUGGAAUUGGCUCCGUUGUGUUGAAGAGACUCGAGGAUGCUCAGGCAGACAACGAUCCGAUUUAUGGUAUCAUUGGAGGAGCCUACACCAACCACUCAGCGGAGGCUGUGUCAAUUACUCGGCCUCACGUAGGGGCUCAGUCUUUUAUCUUUGACAAGCUUCUCAACGAGUCCAACAGCGAUCCAAAAGAGGUCAGCUACAUCGAGAUGCAUGGAACUGGCACCCAGGCAGGUGAUGCAGUGGAGAUGCAGUCCGUUCUCGAUGUCUUCGCUCCUGACUACCGUCGUGGGCCAACUCAAUCCCUUCACCUCGGUUCAGCAAAGUCAAACGUUGGCCACGGAGAGUCGGCCUCUGGUGUGACAGCUCUGAUCAAAGUCUUGAUGAUGAUGCAGAAAAACAUGAUUCCCCCUCACUGUGGCGUCAAGACCAAGAUCAACCACAACUUCCCAACAGACUUCCCUCAGCGCAACGUGCACAUUGCUUUUGAGCCUACUCCUUGGAACCGGCCAAAUGGCGGCAAGCGAAAGGCUUUCGUCAACAAUUUCUCUGCUGCCGGUGGCAACACUGCUCUAAUGAUUGAAGAUGGCCCGCUCAAUGAGGAUAUCGUAGUAGACCCCAGGUCUACCUAUCCUGUAAUUGUCUCUGCUCGGUCUCAGUCUGCGCUGAAGAACAACAUCUCUGCACUCGUGCAGUACAUCGACACAAACAAGAACUCGUUCAAUGUCAACGAGGCUAGCUUCCUUGCCAAUCUGUCUUACACAACUACGGCGAGGCGCAUCCACCAUCCCUUCAGAGUCGCUGUCAUAGGAUCGACUUUGGAUGAAGUGAGGAGUGCAUUGGCUCCUAUCGUCAACCGAGACAGCAUCAGCCCAGCUCCUGUCAACCCACCUGGAAUCGGAUUUGUCUUCACCGGACAAGGUGCUCAGUACACAGGCAUGGGACGCCAAUUGUUUGAAAGCUGCUCGCAAUUCCGCGCCCACAUCGAGCACUUGGAUUGUAUUGGUCAAAGCCAGGGCUUCCCAUCCAUUGUGUCAUUAAUCGAUGGAAGUGUGCCAAUUGAAGAGCAUAGCCCAGUUGUUACCCAGCUCGGUACCACCUGUUUGCAGAUGGCAUUGACCAAGUACUGGAUGUCUUUGGGUGUUACCCCUACCUUUGUUAUGGGCCACAGCCUCGGCGAGUUUGCCGCCCUCAAUGCUGCUGGUGUGUUGACAACUAGUGACACUAUCUACCUCGCUGGACGACGCGCCCAACUUCUCACUGAGCAGAUCAAAAUCGGAACCCACGCUAUGCUUGCUGUCAAGUCAUCAGUAGCACAGGUCAAGCAAUUCCUUGAUGAGGCUACCGAGGUGGCUUGUAUCAAUGCGCCCAGCGAGACUGUUAUCAGUGGCGCAUGUGAGAAAAUUGACGAGCUUGCCCAAAUUCUUACCAAUGAAGGGUUUAAAGCAACCAAGCUAAAUGUACCUUUUGCUUUCCAUUCAGCACAAGUGGAACCUAUUCUUGAGGGGCUAGCAGAGAUUGGAAAGGGUGUCACUUUCAAUGCACCCUCUAUUCCCUUCGUAUCUGCCCUUCUUGGAGAUGUCAUCAAUGAGACGAAUAGCGAGCUGCUUGGCCCUAGCUACCUCGCCCGCCACUGCCGGGAGACCGUCAAUUUCCUGGGUGCUCUGGAAGCUACCCGGCACUCUAACCUGAUGAACGACAAGACCCUUUGGGUUGAGAUUGGCUCUCAUCCCGUCUGCUCCGGUAUGGUCAAGGCGACUUUCGGUUCCCAGGCAACUACUGUUGCUUCUCUCCGUCGUCAGGAAGAUACAUGGAAGGUUUUGUCAAACGCUAGUUCGGUUCUUUAUUUGGCCGGAGUUGAGGUCGGAUGGAAGGAGUAUCACCAGGACUUCACUGCUGGACACAAAGUCCUCCCACUUCCGUCAUAUAAGUGGGACCUCAAAAACUACUGGAUUCCCUACACUAAUAACUUCUGUCUUCUCAAAGGUGCACCGACAACGGCACCAGUGGCUGAAGCUGCGCCAGUCUCCGUGUUCUUGUCAUCGGCAGCCCAGAGAGUUUUGGAGACGAGUGGUGAUAAUUCGUCGGCAUUUAUCGUCAUUGAGAAUGACAUUGCUGAUCCCGAGCUCAAUCGGGUCAUUGCAGGUCACAAAGUGAACGGUGCCUGUCUUACUCCAUCGUCCUUGUACGCCGAUAUUGCACAAACACUGGGAGAAUAUCUAGUUCAAAACUACAAGCCCGAAUGGAAAGAUCGAGGCUUCGAUAUCUGCAACGUGGUUGUCCCUAAGCCACUUAUUGCAAAGGGAGGCAAGCAACUAUUCCGCGUCUCAGCCACCGCAAACUGGGCCGAAGAGAGUGCCAAGGUGCAAGUGUGGUCUGUGACUCCAGAGGGGAAGAAGAUCCUUGACCACGCCAGUUGCAACAUCAAGUUCUUUGAUCCUAUUCCCUACGAGCUCGAGUGGAAGCGCAGCUCUUACCUCAUCAAGCGAAGUAUUGAGCAUCUCCAAGAGAGCACGAUAUCCGGCCAGGCCCACCGAAUGAAGCGAGGAAUGGUCUACAAGCUCUUUGCUUCUCUGGUUGAUUAUGACGAAAACUACAAAUCCAUUCGGGAAGUAAUCCUCGACAGUGAGCAACACGAGGCUACUGCCCUGGUCAAGUUCGAGGCCCCGCCGGGCAACUUUCAUCGCAAUCCAUUCUGGAUUGACAGCAUCGGUCACUUGUCCGGCUUCAUUAUGAAUGCUAGUGAUAACACCGACUCGAAGAACCAAGUGUUCGUCAAUCAUGGGUGGGAUUCGAUGCGAUGCUUGAAGAAGUUCGAUCCCAGUGUCACUUACCGCACCUAUGUGAGGAUGCAACUCUGGAAAGACUCUAUCUGGGCAGGCGAUGUCUAUAUGUUUGAGGGGGAUGACAUAGUUGCUGUGUAUGGUGGCGUUAAGUUCCAAGCUCUGGCACGGAAGAUCCUCGACAUGGCUCUUCCUCCCGGUGGAGGAUCCCCGGCACCCGCGCCGGCCGCCAAGCGUGUUCCUGGUCCCAUCAAUGUCCAGAAGGCAAAGCCUAGCGCUCCCAAAAAGGCAUCCCCUUCGCCGAAAUCUACAAAGCCAAAUCUGGCUGCUCGUGCUCUUGCAAUCCUCGCCGAAGAGGUCGGACUUGCAGCUUCUGAACUCACUGAUGAUCUAAACUUCGCUGAUUACGGAGUCGACUCUCUGCUAUCACUGACUGUCACUGGGCGAUACCGUGAGGAGAUGGCAAUCGAUCUUGAAUCAUCUGUCUUCGUGGAUAAUCCAACGGUCAAAGACUUCAAAGGUCUCCUAUCUUCAAUGGGCUCUGCUGAAAGUACCGAUAUAUCAAGCAGCGAAGGUGACAUGUCCUCGUCCGCCUCAGAGAGUGACAUCUCUUCUCCAAACACCAGUGGCCUACCAACCCCUGCAAAUGAGAAGUCGAUGACUCACGAAUUGCGUCAGCAAAAUGAUAGUAUGAGACAGAUUACGGCAAUUUUGGCCGAGGAAAUCGGCGUUGAACCCGAGGAGCUUAGUGGCGAUGCAAACCUUGGUGAGAUGGGUCUAGACUCAUUGAUGUCGCUCACAGUUCUCGGUAAGAUCCGUGAAGAUAUUGACCUUGAUCUCCCUGGAGAGUUUUUCAUUGAGAACCAAACACUCGAUGACAUCGAGACUACUCUGGAUCUGAAGCCCAAGGCCGCUCCGGCGGAGCCAAUCAGGCUCCCCGAAGAGAUUCCCGUUCAAGUUGCCCCAGUGGUUGCUCCCAGCACUGCCCCCAAGCACCCGCCAGCGACUUCAAUCCUCCUACAAGGAAACCCGAAAACAGCGACUCAGUGUUUGUUUUUGUUCCCUGAUGGCUCUGGCUCUGCUACUUCCUAUGCUGGAAUCCCUGGAAUUUCUCCCAACGUGUGUGUCUACGGUCUGAACUGCCCAUACAUGCGCACUCCUGAGAAUCUCAAGUUCAGCUUGGACGAGAUCACAGCCCCUUAUAUUGCGGAGAUUCGGCGCCGCCAGCCCACUGGCCCAUACAACUUCGGUGGCUGGUCCGCCGGUGGUAUUUGUGCCUACGACGCCGCGCGCCAAUUGAUUUUCGAGGAAGGCGAGCGUGUCGAGCGCCUGCUCCUUCUGGACUCCCCUUUCCCCAUUGGACUUGAGAAGCUACCUCGCCGUUUGUAUAGCUUCUUCGAUACGAUCGGACUGUUUGGUGAGGGCAAGGCACCUCCGCCGAAAUGGCUCCUCCCUCACUUCCUAUCGUUCAUCGACUCCCUGGAUGCUUACAAGGCGGUUCCAUUCCCCUAUGACGACCCCAAGCUGACUGAAAGGAUGCCCAAGACCUUCAUGGUCUGGGCCAAGGAUGGUGUCUGCUCUAAGCCAGAUGAUGCUCGCCCUGCGCCAGCUGAAGAUGGUAGUCCAGACCCUCGUGAGAUGUGCUGGUUGUUGAACAACCGCACCGACCUCGGUCCGAAUGGUUGGGAUACCCUCGUCGGGCCGAAGCAUGUUGGCGGCAUUACCGUUAUAGAGGAUGCCAAUCAUUUCACUAUGACUCGCGGCGAGAAGGCUAGUGAGCUGGCUACAUUCAUUGCUAACUCUAUGGCUUCGGCGUAA